AUGCAUUUCGCGGGAACCGUCGCCAUUGCGCUGGCAGCUGGUGCCACUGCGUAUGAUCUACCCGACAACCUGAAGCAGAUCUACGAGAAGCACAAGAGCGGAAAGUGUUCCAACGAACUGCAGGGUGGCUACGACAAUGGUCAUUCCCAUGAUGGAGAUACCUUCUCCUACUGUGGCGACAUCCCCAAUGCAAUCUAUCUGCAUUCGUCGAAGAAUGGAGGUCAGUAUGCCGAUAUGGAUGUUGACUGUGAUGGAGCGAAUAGACACGCGGGCAAGUGUUCCAAUGACCACUCCGGUCAGGGUGAAACCCGCUGGAAGGAUGAGGUUCAGAAGCUUGGCAUUGAUGACCUGGAUGCAAAUAUCCACCCAUAUGUGGUCUUUGGCAAUGAGAACGAUGACGGUGAUGAUCCUGAAUUUGAUCCACGCAAGCAUGGAAUGGAGCCAUUGAGUGUGAUGGCAGUUGUAUGCAACAAGAAACUGUUCUAUGGUAUUUGGGGCGAUACCAACGGCCAUACCGCAACCGGAGAAGCGUCUCUUUCGAUGGCAGAGCUUUGUUUCCCUGAGGAGGACCCUUCUGGAGACAGUGGUCACGAGGAGAAUGACGUUCUCUAUAUUGGUUUUACUGGUAAAGAGGCGGUGCCUGGAAAGAACGCUGACUGGAAGGCAGACAACACCGAGUCCUUCGAGGAGAGUAUCAAGGAGCUCGGAGAUAAAUUGGUUGCUGGUCUCAAGGCUUGA